CGGUCACACUGCUCUCCUUCGCGUGUUCGCAAUUUUGCUGUCGUUUUUUGUUGUAAUUCGAAAGGAAAACCCAUAGAAAACGCAUAAAAAACGCAUGAAAACCAAGUAUAAACUGUGAAAAUUCAACAGUGACGUUGGCAGCCGUAACAAUCAAUAGAUUGCAACGAGUUAACGUUUCUCGAAAAAACUCACUGUGCUUGUGAGUGCGUGCGUGCGCUCCUGUGUGUGCGUGUGUGUGUUUGUGUGUACCUCGGAGUGCGGUGUGUGCAUAAAAAGGCAUAGCAACCCACUGCCCCCGGGUCGGACAAGCGGGGAGGCACACAGUCGUCGUCGUCUUUGGUUCGAUUCGAUUCGCAGAAGCAACGAAAGUCAAGAACCAGAAAUUGUACUUGUCGGAGCGGGAACAGUGAGUUCAAGAAGUUUCCAAAUGGAAAACUGAUAUUCUCGAUCCUCAUGAAGUAAAGGAUUAUCCGCAGAGUCCUAGCAGGAACGAAGGACGGAAGCAAGGAAGCGAGAGAGCAAGAAAUUCUCAUUUCAAAUCUCUCAUCAGAAAAUAUACACACUAUUUAGUUCUUUUGUGCAUCACAGAUAUCAGUUCGGUAGGUCCUUCAAUAGAUAGAGAGUGAGAGUGAUAACGGGCACUCCCCUCGGCUUACACCAAAAAAAAAAACAAACAAAAAUCCAGCCAACAACAAUUGUGUGCAUCUGAAUUUGAAUGGAUCCAUUUGUUGGCUGGUUUCAGAAGGAACAGGAGGGACCAUCGCUGCGCACAUGGUUAAAGAUUUGGGAGACGAAUGCCCAGGAAAUGGGCGCAUUGCUUGAUCAGCAGCUACAGCUAGCGACCAACAACGGAGGAGGAGGCAGCAGCAAUCCAGGAGGCACCAAAAUCAUCAGCAGCAGCACCACCAGCCACACCACCACAAGCAGCACCAACACCACAACAAUAACCACAACCACAAAUAGCAGUAACACCAACGACAGUCACUGCAACAGCAACAGCAACGGCAACGGCAAGGCGUUUCUAACGCGACCAACCGCCUCCGCCGCCGUCGCUAUCAGCAUCACCCAGAGUCGCGUGCCCAACUUUCGUGCGGAUUCACUUGAAAUCCUGCCUCAAAUCAACGGCAACGGCAGCAACAACAGUAGCCCUGCUGCGGGUGAAGACAACAACUCCAAUAGCAGCUCCAGUAGCAGCAGCAGCAGCUCAAGCAGCAGUAACUCCAGCAGCAACAGUAGUGCCAGCAACGAGCCAGUUGUAACCUCAACAAACAGCAGUAUAUCAGGAACAGCAGCAGCAGUUGCAGGUGCAGCAACUGAAGCAACAGUUGCAACCACCAGCAGCAGCAGCACCACAAGUACUACCAGUACCUCUACCAGUACUAGCACCAGCACUCCUGCCACAACGUCAAGCGCUUCGACAACAGCAGCCACAUCAACUGUAGCAACAUCAACUGUAUCAACUGUAGUUGGCGGCGUAAUGAAUGACACGUUAAACCAAAGUAAUCGCACAAAUAUCAUUUACUAUAAUCCGUCACGUAAAAAACGUCCAGAGAACAACAAAGUUGGUGUCACACAUUACUACAUGAACAAUCAUAUGGCGAUGAUAGCAAAAUAUAAGGGCGAACCUUGGCGCAAACCGGACUAUCCCUAUGGUGAAGGUGUCGUUGGUCUGCACGAGGAAAUUGAGCAUUUCUAUCAGUAUGUGCUGCCCACACCCUGUGAGCAUGCCAUACGCAAUGAGGUUGUGAAGCGAAUCGAGAAUGUUGUCCAUACAAUAUGGCCACAGGCGGUGGUCGAAAUUUUUGGCUCAUUUCGUACUGGACUCUUUUUGCCCACCUCUGAUAUUGAUCUCGUUGUCUUGGGUUUGUGGGAGAAAUUACCAUUGAGAACACUGGAAUACGAGCUGGUUAAUCGCGGGAUUGCUGAAGCGUGCACGGUUCGUGUUUUGGAUAAGGCAUCGGUGCCGAUUAUUAAGCUGACGGAUCGUGAGACCCAGGUGAAGGUCGACAUAUCGUUUAAUAUGCAGUCGGGCGUUCAGUCCGCGGAGCUUAUCAAAAAGUUUAAGCGCGAUUAUCCGGUGCUGGGGAAGCUGGUGCUGGUACUCAAGCAGUUCCUAUUGCUGCGUGAUCUCAAUGAGGUGUUCACAGGAGGCAUCUCAUCUUAUUCGCUGAUCCUGAUGUGCAUCAGCUUCCUGCAGCUGCAUCCGCGUGGCAUCUAUCACGACACCACCAACUUGGGCGUGCUGCUGCUCGAGUUCUUUGAGCUCUAUGGCCGUCGCUUCAAUUACAUGCGCAUUGGGAUCUCGAUCAAGAAUGGGGGCCGCUACAUGGCCAAGGAUGAGCUGCAACGUGACAUGGUCGAUGGACAUCGACCGUCGCUGCUUUGCAUCGAGGAUCCCCUGACGCCUGGCAAUGAUAUUGGACGCAGCAGUUAUGGAGUCUUUGGAGUCCAGCAGGCCUUCAGGUGCGCCUACCGUGUCCUCGCACUCGCUGUCAGUCCACUCAAUCUCUUGGGCAUCGAUCCACGCACCGAUUCAGUGUUGGGUCGCAUUAUCCACAUAACCGACGAUGUUAUCGAUUAUCGUGAAUGGAUACGCGAGAACUUUGAACAUCUGCUGCUGGUGGAUCGCAUUUCUCCAAUGCCGGCCGGCUACACUCCGAAUGGAACCAAAUAUGUGAUUAUGCCCUCCGGUACAGUGGUCCAACAGAUCUAUCAUCCGGUGCAGGUGCAAGCCCACGGCCAUGCGGGGCAUGGGCAUGCGCAUCCCCAUCUAGGCCAACCAUAUACGACGACGACGACGACAGCGAUGGCUGUGGCCGUGGCUGCCACCCAGCAGCAACAGCACCAGCAAUCGCAGCCACCAACGCAACAGCAGCUGAAGCACCAGCAGCAACAACAGCAGCAGCAACAGCAGCAGCAGCAGGUGCGGCAUCGGCGGGGCAGCACCUCGUCCGGUGAUAAUUCCGAGGAUAGCAAAGACUGUGAAAUUGUGGAAGCAACGCCAGCAUCGACUGGAAAAGGAGGAGCAACAGCAUCGAAUGCAACAGCAGCAGCAGCUGCAGCUUCUUCCACGGUUGUACCCAUGGAGUUUAUCGAUAUAAGCUCUUCCCCCCCGCCCAAUGGCCGUGGUGCCGCCACAGUGGUGCCCAUUACUCUGGCCAUGCCCAUGCCGAUGCCAGUGUCCGCCGUUGGUAUGACAUUGCCAAUUGUGGUGGCAACAGGAGCCAGCAGAAGUCACAGCAACACCAGCAGCAGUAGCAGCAGCAAUAUGAGCUGGAGCGGGAAUGGUAAUGGAAACGGAAAUGGAAGUCGCAGCCGAAGCAGCGGGAAUGUAAAUGGAAAUGGAAAUGGGAACAACAACAACAACAACAAUAGCUCCUCAGCGGGCUCGUCGCAGCAGCAGCCGCCGCAGCAGCAGCAGCAGCCGCAGCAUCAGGUUGCCGGCUAUGCGAACAUGCUGGCCGCAAUUGCAGCCGCUGCCGCUGGUGCCGCCCAUCCAAUCCAACAUCAGAAUCAUUGUUUAAUUCAGAAUCAAAAUCCGAAUCCGAAUCAAAAUCAAAAUCACCUGCGCCAAUUGCGUAAUGGUGGAGUGGGGAUUGGUAUUGGUGGUCCAGCGGCAGCAGCAACUGCGGCCAGCAUGAUCAGCAGCCACCAACAUACAUGUAUAACCUCUUCAUCACAACUACAACAGCCAUCAGACAUCAAUGUGUCGUCCAACCACCAGCAGCAGCACCAGCACCAUCAACAGGAGGAGGAGGAUGAUCGCCAUUCAACGGGAAGCAAUGAUGCCAUAGCUGUAGUUUCUAUGUCCACCACACCACCAAACGGAAGAGGAGGAGGAGGCGGCGGGCGGCACUACAACAAUCAGCGCAACAGCAAUAACAACAGCAACAACAGUUACUAUCGCCAGCAGUUUUAUGUACCGCCACCGAUGCAGCAGCAGCAGACGACGUUGAACAAAAGCACCUAUCAACACCACAGCAACAACAAUAGCCAUCAUCAGCAGCAGCAGCAGCAUCGGCAUCAUCAUCAUCAGAGCCAGCAGCAACAGCAUCAGAACCAGCAACAGCAACAGCAGCAGCAGCAGCAUGUGCAACAACAGCAGCGUACGCAACAUUUUCGACAAUCUGGGAAUCGCUUUCAAAAGCCCACAGCUGUUGCGGCAGCAGGAAAUAAUAAUAGCAACAGAUUGCCACCGCUGCGUGGCACUUUGGUAAACUCCUCGUCUGCUAUAUCAAUCAUUUCUAUAUCCUCUGAAUCAUCAGUUGCCAGCAGCAGUUCAUCCUCGUCAAAUCGAUCCGGAAGGAAUCGCAAUCAAAAGUCACGAUAGGCCGAAACGUAGGGAGACACAACACUCACACACCCACACACACACAAAAACAUAUUGACAGCUAGCCCAUACGACAGCAGAGACAGGGAUAGAGAUGGACAGCAGUAGCAGCAGACAAACCGCAAAGCACAGCAGAGAGAGAGACAGAGAUAGUAAUAGUAGGCGUAAGCGUAAUCGUAAUAAAAGAAAACGAGAGAUAGUGUUAGAGAAGGAUAGAGGAGAAGAGAGUUAGCGUUAAUAUAUUUAUUGAGUGUAUUCAAUAUUCGUCGUAUAUUCCUCCUUUCUCACGCGUACUCGUACUUCAAAUGUUCUGCAUUUUUCGAAUUAAAAAAUAAUAUUUAUAUAUACAUAUAUACACUCUCGACAUAAGGUAAAAGAAAGUCUGUAAACCCUUCUGCCUUCUGCACUCUCCUAGAAGCGUAUAUCAACUAACUGCUGUCCCUCCCUCCUGCUCGCUCCUAAAAACUAGACUUGAGAAAACAGAACAAAAAGCAAACAACUUUUGCCUACUCAUUGCGCUAAGUGUAUUUCAUUUUGUUUCUAAAAUAAUAUGAAAGCUGAAAGGCAAACAAAAAAAAACAAAACAAAAACACAAAACAAAACCAAUUUAUAUAUAGUCGGAAAUAUGUGUUAAAAGCGUUGGAUCAGGAUGCAAACCAUUGAUGUAGGAUCCCAUGAUGAUGAAGUAAAAAUGAAUUAUGAAAUUAGCAAGUAUAUCCAUCAAUGUGAAUAUAUAUAUACAACUUGUAUCUAUAUAUAGUAAUAUACCUUAUAUUUAAAACAACAUUUAGGCCGUUUUCAUUAAUUAAUACGUUUUUUUUUACAUAUAUAAUAUAUAUGCAUACAUUUGCAUACACACAUAUUAAUAAUCUAGAUUAUAAAUGUCUAAAAUUCCCUUCUUUUUCCCCACCCCCCACUCCAACACACACUCCCAGAUUUGUGUAUAAUCUUUGUAAAUGAUAUACUAUAUCUUUUGUAAACCUGAGAAUGCUCUACAGCAAAAACAACCUUCCUCCAUCCUCCGGCACCAAUCAGCCAAGCAACCAACCUCCUCCUGGAUAUCAUGCGCUCAAGCUAUUUAUUAUUAAGUGCGCAACUGUACAAAAACAAAAAAUAACCUUCUAAAAACAACCCUAAAUCUAAGAUCGAAAUUCAUGCUAAAAUCAACAACAAAAAAAAGAAGCGAAUUCUUAUAUCUUUAUUCUAUAUCCCCGCUCCGCACACGCCACAUAGCUUAAAAUGUGUGUUUUUUGAUGAUCAAAGGCUUACACCUAUUACUACAUACAACACAGAAUGUAAAUGUUUUUAUGAUUAUUAUUAUUACUAUUAUUAUAAUGAUAAUGCUGAUUGCUAGUUUUUAUUAUUAUUAUGCUAUGUUCUAAGUAUAGUAUACAAUAUUGUAGCCUGUAUGAACACACAUUGCCCCGCCCUCGCCCUAAACCCUAGAAAACAGAAACAACAAAUGCAAGUGUGUUUUAAAACAAAACUAACAACACAAAAAAAAACAACAAACAAACAAAAAGAAACCCAAAAAAAAAAAGAAACAAACAAAACCCACAAAAGAAACUAAAAAAUGUGUGUACAAUUAUUUAUUAAUAUUUAUUAUUGCAAAAGUGCAUUACGCAUAGAGAUUCCUGCCAUUUAUUUUAUUUAAAUUGAAGUUUUUUUUUUCUAAUUAUACAUUUAGUUCUUGCGAUCCCCCUACCGUUGCCACCCGAUCGUCCCCUCUCUAUACGCACUGCCAUUUUGAGAAAGGUUUUUAAAACUAAAACGAAGAGAAAUGAGUGAAGAGAUGAACAUUCAGAGACUUUGUACAUGUAUAACAUUUUAGGCUGUUCUUCUUUCCAUCUAUAAGAGAAAACAAACUACAAAAAAAACAACAAAAC